AUGAGGAUGACCCCAGACGCCAGCAGCAAUCCUAGAGCUACCGUCGAACGACAACAUUCAUCAAUUUCACGAAGUCCACGCUAUGAGGACAAUUAUCGGGAGGACGAUGAAGACCUCACACUUGCGCGGACUAGGUCUCCAGAACCUGCCGUUGUAGAGAGCAUUGUGAUUCCAUUACGGCUGGAGGACUCGAAUGAAGUCAAACCAGAUGUCGUGACUAAUGAGACACCCGUCGAAACGACGAAGAAAUGGCCAGCUCGGCAGAGAUACUUGGUACUGUUAUGCUCAUUCAUAGCGAGUCUGAGCUUUGGAGUGACUCAGGUCCCAUUGCUGUAUGUAUUCCGCUUGAUGACCUGCGAUGCAUACUAUAAACAGCAUUCUGCGCCGCCAGCAAUAGCCUAUGUGCUGGAUGGCUCAGUGUUGUUGACGUUUUGGUCAAGAGGUGUGCCCGUCUCACCUCGCAUGACCAAAGACGAUAGAUGCUCCAUCCAUCCUAUCGAGUCGUCGACCGCGCUCUCAAUCUCCUUGCUAGGUGCGAGCACGACUGUGUUCGGCUUGAUCAACCUGUUCCUGGCGGGCGCCCUGAUCAAGCGUAUCGGUGUAAAGUCAACUCUACUCGUGCAACUCUUCUUUCCAGCACUGCGACUGCUCGUUCAAAAUGUUGGUGUUGAGGUGUGGGGCAGCACUGGCAUCAUUAUCAUCCAAUGUUCGCAAGUAUUGACCGUUGUAGGCGGGCCAAGCGGCUAUUUACUCUGUUUAAAUUCUUUCAUGACUGAGAUCGUUGAGUAUGAAGCUAGAACAGCAGCUCUCGGCAGACUAACUGGCAGUCUGAUGUUCGGGUCUGCUGUGGGCUUUCUUCUUGGUGGCGUCGUGGCUGAAACUUUCGGUAUUCGAGCCCCAUUUCGACUCACGUUGGUGCUUUUCAUGCUGAGCUGCGUUUAUGUCGCCCUCUGCCUGCCGUAUAUUGCACCGAGCAGGGGAUCAGUGAAGGAUUCGAGCUCCACAGGCGGAAAGUGGCGACGUUUAUUGACCCAGUUCCUCAGUCCAUUGGCCGUGUUUGCACCAAGGAAGUACAUUUCCAGAGAUGGCAGCAUCCGAAAUGAGUAUGGUGCUUUCCUGCUUGCUUGGGGAGUGUUCUUGGGUAUUCUAGCAACAGGAUAUCUUCCGACACUUCUCCAACUUUAUGCAACCGACGUGUUCUCGUUCGGCACCAAACAGAAUGGUUGGCUCAUCUUCACCUAUUCUAUGCUUCGUGGUGUCUUUUUGACUUUUGCUUUUCCGAAGCUCAUUGCGGUUGGACGCAGAUGGACGUCGAGACGAGAGGAGGAAACUCGAAGGACAGUGGAGAACGCAGAGAGACAGCCGCUGCUUCAAAACACAGAUCCAGCUGGUGAGCGACCUGACGCUAACGUUAAACAUAAGCAAGAUGCCUUCACAUUCGACCUCACCUAUACACGCUUCUCCUUAGUUGCAGAUGGGUUAUUGACAUUACUUUGCACGUUCGUGCACAAAGACUGGCAGAUGUAUCUGGUGGCUGCAAUCCUACCAUUCGCUGCUGGGACCGGAUCUGCAGCCAAAGGAACAAUAUUACAAAUGGUAGGAAGCUCAGCAAGCAGUGCGGAGAGGACCGAUGCCUUGGCUGGUGUGAGUCUUGUGGAAAACAUGGCAAGGUUGUCAACUACUUUCGUCUUUGGUGUCGUUUUCGCAGGAUUCGCUUCGAUCGGAAGACCAGAGCUUGUCUUCACGUGUAAUGCUGCCGUGGCUAUCGUCGGAUUUGGUGUCCUUUUGUUUGCGCAUUUUCCUCCGAUGGACAGUCGAAGACUAGACGAGGCAGAGGAGGUUACAUAG